AUGAAGGUCAUCGUAGAGGAAUACAACCCUGAAUGGCCGCUCCAGUUCCAGCAAAUCAAGAAAGAGUUGCAGGACGUCCUCGGAGGGGUCAAGUACAUCGAUGUCGAGCAUGUGGGCAGCACAGCGGUGCCAGGAUUGGCCGCCAAACCCGUCAUCGACCUCUCUAUCAUCAGCGCCCGAGCCGACGUGGAGGCUGCCAUCCACGCAUUGACGUCAAGGGGAGGAUACAUCUACAAAGGGGAAAUGGGCAUCCCGGAUCGCCAUGCGUUGCGGAAACCUGGAGCUUCCCCAACAAGGCAUCUCUAUAUCUCGGUGGACGGUUGUCAGUCGAUCAGGAAUCAAUUGGGGGUGCGGGAUAUUUGUCGCAAGGACUCCACAGUUCGAGACGUCUAUAGCCGGAAGAAGGUCGAGCUCUCGCAGCGAGACUGGAGAGAUGCCGAUCAAUACUGUGAGGCUAAAAAUGAUAUUCUCGCCUGGGUGCUGGAAAAGGCUGGGAUGAGCAGCGAAGAGCGGGAGCAAGUCAGGCAACUGAACACGACGGCGACGGCGACCUCCUAG